CUCGACAACGAGGAGGACCUGUGAUAGAAGCGGUGCUCGUUGUUGAGUGUCCAGCGAGGACAUGUGCAUGACGGCAUGGCCAUUCAUUCGAAAGUUUGGUCCACCGGCGCUAUAUUUAGCACCUCGAGGUUGGAAGCGACAACGACGAGGCAUCCGGCAUGGCCCGCGUGGAAGGGUAUCGAUGCCCGAUCACAAUGCGCACCACGACGAUACAACCGUACGACGUACCUCGCUUUGUUAGCGAUAUCAUCAGCCAGCUCCACGAGAUUGGACACUGGACGACGCGGUGUUGCGCAGUGCUGAACCACACGACCCCGUCGGCAACCGUCCCUGUCAUCAGCUCCACCAUCACUCCAAGAGAGUCGCGAGUGUCGACGACACUUCUCACGGAAAUGGACUUGAUUAAGCGGAACCUCAACGUUGUCGAGAAGCAGCACAACACGCGCCUCAUGUCCGAGAUUGCAUACCUUCAAUGCGCCUUGCGUAGCGAGGCCGAAGAGAAAAUGACCGACUUUGAGAGCUACGUGGAGGCCAAGAUCAAUCAAUGCAUCGACGAGCACACGAAAAAAGUGCGCCAAGACCAAGUAGAAACGUCGAUUGCGCUGUCUGCGAUGCAAGAUCACUGGAUGUCGCUGCAAACGGACGUGUCGGCGCUGACGCAGCAGAUCCAUAAGGUGCAAACCACGAUGGAAAUGACCGCGAAUCGGACUGUCGAGAUGAUGGCAUCUCUCCACGAACAAUUGAAAGAGUCAUCGAAGCUCCGGGACAAGCACGAAUUGAAUCUCGGGAAUCAACUUACUCAAGUCAAACUCCAGCUCCACGAAUCGAACAUGGGGUGCAAGACUUCCGUGGACCAGCUGACAGCCCGCGUCGACAUCAUUCGAAGCGAAGUCAAGUUCGCAAUCGACCAGCUCAAGAUGCAAAUCCAGCAGCACGCACGAGCGUUGAAUCGGGUGUCAAAAGGGUCAAAUUUGUUUGAGAUGAUGACACCAGUUGCUGCAAGCCCUGAUAUCGCAAACCCUCAGCACACAAAAAUAGACCACGAUCCGUCGCGUGCGUCGCCUACUAGAUUGAGUAAAAACCGGCCGAUGUCUGCGCGGCCGACGUCGUCGCAGCCAACGCACGUCCAACCUGCUCUAUCAACGAAUGCUUUUGUGUUUGCCGAGAACAUUCCCAUCCUCCAAGCAACUACAGAGCCGUCAAAGUUUGAUAUCCAAGGCAAAACAUGUCCGGUGGCCCAUCCACUUGCCUGUGACAUCGUACUGGAUGCUGGGCUGCCCUUACGCGAAGGGGGAAACAACAACUUUUCGACCCACACCUCUGACAACGCUUCUGCACACAUCCGACCGUCCGACCGGACGGUACCUCCAUGUUAUGUCUUGGAAAAUAACAAGAAACCCCCAGACAACGCGGCGGCGCCUCCUCAACCGACGACAUUUGCUUUGCAUCCGAGUACUUUCGGCAAGUUCUGCGAGCAAAAGCAGGAUGCAUCGAUGUUGCGCGACCAGGACAAGUCGACAAAGGUGCUCCAUGCAAAAUCAACCAAAUCCAAGUCUGUAGAUUCGGCAAAGCAAAAAAUCCCGCAGCGGCCAAGCUCAGCAAGACCGCGACCGACCUCCAAAUCGAUGCCCUGCACGUCAACUCCUGUCGCCCAUCCCUUGCAGUAGACGGCGCGCAGUUUGGAUUGUUGGCGUUCUCGUACAUCGAAUACACAAUGUGGGCUUCCUAAGUACUAAACUAAAACUAGUCGUUGCGAAAAAGUACUAACAAACUGUACUAAGUUGGUUGAG